UUCCGACUAUCGCCAUUGUUUGAUGAAAAUCGUGAAGUCAUCUACUAAAAAGAAAGUAGUGUUUAUGUUGUGAAGUUUGCCGUUCCUUGUAUUUGUAGAUAAUUAAUCAAGAUAUUAAACAUGUCGCCAACCGACCCUUUAAAAAUCAACAAAGUUGUCGUUCAUCCUCUUGUUCUAUUGAGCGUUGUCGAUCAUUUCAAUCGAAUGGGUAAAGUCGGAAAUGUGAAAAGAGUUGUCGGCGUUUUACUUGGAUCUAACCGGCAAGGAAUUUUAGAUGUCUCAAACAGUUUUGCAGUUCCAUUUGAUGAAGAUGAUAAAGAUAGAUCUGUGUGGUUUCUUGAUCAUGAUUAUCUUGAAAAUAUGUAUGGAAUGUUCAAAAAAGUGAAUGCUCGUGAAAGAAUUGUUGGAUGGUAUCACACUGGGCCAAAACUCCACCCAAAUGAUAUUGCAAUAAAUGAAUUAGUGAGAAGAUAUAAUCCAAAUUCUGUCCUAGUUGUCAUAGAUGCCAAACCAAAAGAACUGGGUCUUCCAACAGAGGCUUACAUAUCAGUUGAAGAAGUUCAUGAUGAUGGCACCCCAACAAGUAAAACAUUUGACCAUGUGCCAAGUGAAAUUGGUGCAGAAGAAGCUGAAGAAGUGGGGGUAGAGCAUUUGCUGAGAGACAUCAAGGACACGACAGUUGGAACAUUAUCUCAGCAGGUUACGGCACAGCUAAUGGGUCUUAAAGGUCUUCACUCGCACAUGGAUGAUAUCAGUAACUACUUAAAGAGCGUCGCAGAGGGCCGUCUACCUAUUAAUCAUCAAAUUAUUUACCAGUUGCAGGAUGUUUUUAAUCUCCUUCCUGAUGUUGGUGUACCAGAGCUUGUCCAUUCACUGACAGUCAGCACCAAUGAUCAGAUGAGUGUUGUUUACCUGGCCUCUUUGGUUAGAUCAAUUAUGGCAUUACAUAAUCUUAUCAAUAACAAGGUUCAAAACCGUGAUGCUGAGAAAAAUGAAGGCAAAGAUCCUAACAAAGAAAAAAAAGACAAAGAAAAGGCAGAAGAAAAGACUUCAGGUGACAGUGAAAAGGACAAGAAAGAUGGAAAAGAUAAGAAUGCUAAAGACCUGAAAAAGUCGAAUAAAUAAACAUAGUUGUCAAAGUUUGUUGUGUGGAUGAGAAAGCUUGUCUGUUCAUGGACGAUGAGAUGUUUGAACACAUGAAUGUAUGAAGUAUCAUCAACUAUUUAUCAUUUUACUGAACUUUCUUUUGUUUAAGUUAAAAUCCCUGAAUGUUGUUUUGGAAACACAUGGAGAUAUUUUUGUGAGCAUACAAUGACGGUUUCUAUAACUUGCCAAAUUUGUAUUAAAUUCCCUAUUCAGGACACCAGUUGUAAACAAACCAGCUAUAACCUUGAUCAUUGGCGUUUAAAAUUUCAAUCAACAAAAAGUUAAUUUUAAUGCUGUGAUAAGUACAGUAGUAAGUACAGGAAGGCUUGUACCUAGUUUGUGGCACAUCACUAUGGGAAUGAUUUAUAAUCCAUGGUUGUUAAAGAUAGUCUACAUAUUAUGUAGGCAUGUUUUGCUUGUACACUGUAUCUUAAGUAUGCUGUAUGGGAAUGAAAGAAUGCUACUUGAGAUAAAUGAAUUGAAAUUUUUAAGUUGACUUUUUUUUAAAAAGUGUUUUUACAUUACUUUUUUUCAUCUAUGUUGUUGCAUAGAUCACAUUAAAUAAAUAAAUUAAAAAAUG